AUGUCUUCUAUCACCCCAAUUACAGUGGAUACACAGCCUACCCUCAACGGAGCUGAGUCAUUAGAACAAAGUGUCGAGUCACUGGAUUCAACUUCGGAGCCUUCUAAGAAAAAGAAGAAGAAGAAGAACAAGAAGAAGAAGUCCAAUACCUCAUUGAAUAGCACAGAAGAAAACACCGAGCAAGCUACAGAGGAAGCCACACAAGAUGUCGAAGACACCACUGAGGCUGCUGAACAACAGCCUCUCUCUGAGCAGUCUGUGAAGGAGCCCGUGACUGAAGAGGUUCCUGAAUCUGUCGAAAUUGCACCAGAGACUCUUAAAGCCGUCUCUUUCGUCGAGGAGGUUGAGGAGCACACAGUCGAGCCCGUUGAGCUCACAGUUGAAGACGUCAAGUCCGAAGAAAAGGUUGAGGAAUCGACCCCGGAAAGCACCAACGAAGAAACAGCUGCAGAGACUACAACUGAGGUCGAAUCUACCGAAGAAUCCGUGAUUGAGGAACCUACAGUCACAGAGUCCCAACUUGAGGAGACCCCUGAGACCGUCGACGAGGCUACCCCCGAGCUUUCUGUGGAGGAAUCUACUCUUCUAGAGCCCACCAUUGAGGCUGCUGUGGAGGAACCCGAGGUUGAGUCUAUCGAGGAGCCUAUUGUCGAGGAACCUACAGUCACAGAGUCUCAGCUUGAGGAGACCCCUGAGACCGUCGACGAGGCUACCCCCGAGCUUCCUGUGGAGGAAUCUACUACUACUACAGAGCCCACCCUCGAGACUGCCGAGGAGCCCGUUGUCGAAGCUUCUAAGCUUGAAGAGACUGUUCUGGAGUCUGCCACCGAAGCUCCCGUUGAGGAGACCAAGGCUGAGUUGGUUGAAGAGCCUGUCAUUGAAGAGGAGGCUGUGGAACCCUCUAAGGAAGUUGCCGAAGAGAUAGCCUCCGAAACACCGCCUUCUGAACAGCCUGAGGAAUCCGCUACCGAAGCCAUCGAGGAGAAGACCGAAAAGAUCACUCAGCUUGAGGAGGAGCCCCUAGUGGAAUCUUCCAAAGAUAUUGUUGAGGAGACUGUCCAGGAGGAACAACUCGCCGAAGCAGAGGUUGCCACUGAGGGAGUCGUCGUCGAUGAACAGCCUACUGUCGAAGAAUCUUCUGAGAAGAUCCCCUCGGAAGAAUUUGUGAUUGUCGAAGCUGAGUCUGAAUCCGAGCCUGCAACCGAGACUCCAGUUGCCGAACAGCCUACCACUGAGGCUGAGUUUCCCAUUUUCGAGACUCCUGCUGUGGUUGAGACACCGGCUGAGCCUACUUCUGAGGUCGAGACAACUGCUGAGGUUUCUGAAGUUGAGCACAAGGAAGUCGUUGAGGAAGUUGAGACCCCGGCCGCGGAGGAGAUCCCUACUGAGGUCGAGACUCCCUCUGAGGAGCUUGUUAUUGAGGCCGAGACGCCCGUCGUUGAAGAGCCUGUUGCUGAAGUGACUCCUGAAACCGAGAACAAAGCAGUUGUCGAGGAAUCUACUGAGCCCCCGGCUACCGAAGAAAUCUCCGUUGAGGAGCCUGUUGUUGAGGCUGCAACUCCGGUCCUUGAGGAGCCUACUUCUGAAGUCGAGAACAAGGAAGUUGUUGAGGAAGCCGUCGAGACUCCUAUUGAAGUGACUCUCGAAACUUCGUCCGAGGCCCCUGUUGAGAUCGAGCAGAAGGAGGUAGCACAAGAGCCUACCGAAGCUUCGCCUGUCGAGCCAGCCACUGAAGAGGUCGACUCGGAUGACAAGGAACAAGAGGUCGAGGCUAUUGCAGCUGCCGUUGGCGUUGCUGCUGGAGCCGCUAUCAUUGGAGCCGCUAUCGAAUCCGAGGAUGUUCCUGCCCAGGAGCCUGGAGUUUCUGCCUCUGAAGACAAGGAAAUCGCCACAGAGGAACCCGCUUCUGAAGAGCCUGUCGGGGAGCCUGUCACCGAAAAUAUCGAAGAGCCAAUUCCCGAGACUGUCGAAGAGCUUGUUUCUGAACCCGUCGUCGAAACUGCUGAGGAGUCCGUUGUCGAGGAGGAGCCCAUCACCGAGACUGUCGAAGAAACCAUCGGAGAGCCCAUCGUCGAGACUGUCGAGGAGCCCAUCGCUGAGACCAUCGAAGAGUCUGUCGAAGAGCCCAUUGUCGAGGAGACCAUCGAGAAGCCCAUCACCGAGGCUGUCGAAGAGCCCAUCACCGAGGCUGUCGAAGAGCCCGUCGCUGAGACUAUCGAAGAGCCCAUUGAUGAGACCGUCGAGGAGCCCAUCGAGGAGCCCAUCACCGAGACUGUCGAAGAGCCCAUCACUGAGACCGUCGAGGAGACUAUCGAGAAGCCCAUCACCGAGGCUGUCGAAGAGCCCAUCGCUGAGACUAUCGAAGAGCCCAUUGCUGAGACCGUCGAGGAGCCUAUUGUUGAGAAGUCCAUCGAAGAGCCCAUCGAGGAGUCUGUUGAGGAGCCCAUCACCGAGGCUGUCGAAGAACCCAUCGCCGAGACUGUCGAAGAGCCCAUCACUGAGACUAUCGAAGAGCCCAUCGAAGAGUCUGUUGAGGAGCCCAUCACCGAGGCUGUCGAAGAGCCCAUCGCCGAGACUGUCGAGGAGCCUACUGUUGAGAAGUCCAUCGAGGAGCCCAUCGCCGAGACUGUCGAAGAGCCCAUUGUCGAGGAGACCAUCGAGAAGCCCAUCACCGAGGCUGUCGAAGAGCCCAUCGCUGAGACUAUCGAAGAGCCCAUUGUCGAGGAGACCAUCGAAGAGUCUGUCGAAGAGCCCAUCGCUGAGACUGCCGAGGAGCCUAUUGUUGAGAAGUCCAUCGAAGAGCCCAUCGCCGAGACUGUCGAAGAGCCCAUUGUCGAGGAGACCAUCGAGAAGCCCAUCACCGAGGCUGUCGAAGAGCCCAUCGCUGAGACUAUCGAAGAGCCCAUUGCUGAGACCGUCGAGGAGACCAUCGAAGAGUCUGUCGAAGAGCCCAUCGCUGAGACUGCCGAGGAGCCUAUUGUUGAGAAGUCCAUCGAAGAGCCCAUCGCCGAGACUGUCGAAGAGCCCAUUGUCGAGGAGACCAUCGAGAAGCCCAUCACCGAGGCUGUCGAAGAGCCCAUCGCUGAGACUAUCGAAGAGCCCAUUGCUGAGACCGUCGAGGAGACCAUCGAAGAGUCUGUCGAAGAGCCCAUCGCUGAGACUGCCGAGGAGCCUAUUGUUGAGAAGUCCAUCGAAGAGCCCAUCGCCGAGACUGUCGAAGAGCCCAUUGUCGAGGAGACCAUCGAGAAGCCCAUCACCGAGGCUGUCGAAGAGCCCGUCGCUGAGACUAUCGAAGAGCCCAUUGCUGAGACCGUCGAGGAGCCCAUCGAGGAGCCCAUCACCGAGACUGUCGAAGAGCCCAUCACUGAGACCGUCGAGGAGACUAUCGAAGAGUCUGUUGUUGAGCCCAUCGCCGAGACUAUCGAGGAGCCCGUCACCGAGACUGUCGAAGAGCCCGCCGUUGAGACUAUCGAGGAGUCUGUUCCUGAGACUGUCGAGGAGCCUACUGUUGAGAAGUCCAUCGAGGAGCCCAUCGAGGAGCCCAUCACCGAGACUGUCGAAGAGCCCAUCGUCGAGACUAUCGAGGAGUCUGUUCCUGAGACUGUCGAGGAGCCUACUGUUGAGAAGUCCAUCGAGGAGCCCAUCGAGGAGCCCAUCACCGAGACUGUCGAAGAGCCCAUCGCUGAGACUAUCGAGGAGUCUGUUCCUGAGACUGUCGAGGAGCCUACUGUUGAGAAGUCCAUCGAGGAGCCCAUCGAGGAGCCCAUCGCCGAGACUGUCGAAGAGCCCGUCGUUGAGACUAUCGAGGAUUCUGUUCCUGAGACUGUCGAGGAGCCUACUGUUGAGAAGUCCAUCGAGGAGCCCAUCGCCGAGACUGUCGAGGAGCCCGUCGUUGAGACUAUCGAGGAUUCUGUUCCUGAGACUGCCGAGGAGACCAUCGUUGAGACUAUCGAGGAGCCCGUCACCGAGACUGUUGAAGAGCCCAUUGUCGAAGAGCUCAUCGCUGAGACUAUCGAAGAUCCCAUUGUCGAGGAAACUGUCGAGCCUACUGUUGAGAAGUCCAUCGAGGAGUCCAUCGAGGAGCCCAUCGCCAAGAUUGUCGAAGAGCCCGUCGUUGAGAUUAUCGAGGAGUCUGUCCCUGAGACUGUCGAGGAGACCAUCGAAGAGCCCGUCAUUGAGACUAUCGAGGAGUCUGUUGCUGAGCCCGUCGUUGAGGAGCCCGUCGUUGAGGAGCCCGUCGUUGAGGAGCCCGUCGUUGAGGAGCCCGUCGUCGAAGAGACUGUUGUGGAGGAGGCUGUUGUGGAGAAGCCUAUUGAGGAACCAGUUGUGGAAAAAUCAGUUGUGGAAGAACCAGUUGUGGAAGAGUCAGCUGUAGCCGUUGUUGAAAAGGAAGCACCAGUUGAACCUGCUGAACCUGAGAUCACUACCGAGACUGUGGAGCCCGUUCCUCAACCAGAGUGGCAGCUCAAGAAAGAUUCUCCGGAGCAUGAAUCUCUUGCUACCGAUAUUCUGGCUGCAGGCGCUGCUGCUGCUGCAGGUGUUGUCGCCGCUGUCGGUAUCUCGGCUGCACUGGACAAGGAUCUUCCUCACACUGAGAUAAAGAAUGUUAAAGACGAGCCAGAGACUCAGGCUCCGGUUGAAUCUCAGCCUGAAGAAAGUAAGCCUUUACUCUCCACUCAAUCGGCGCAAGCGUCAGUGCCGUCCUUCGAUGCUGAUUCGACUCUUGCAGCUCUCGCAAGCGAUGGUGAAGCCCUCUUGCAGCAGCUAAACAUGCCAUCUACCGACCAACUGACCGCCAUCCCCACUGGUGAACAAUCUACUGCUGACAAGAACAUUCCGGUUGAGUCCGUUGAAACCACCGAAACUACCACCGAAAUUACCACCGACAGUACUACCGAAACUACCACCGGCCUCAAGCCACCCGUAGCCAACGGUGAAAACGAAGAUGCUCGUCCCAGGAGCCAGAGUCGGUCAGUCGCAGCUGUUUCUACCAAUGGUGCAUCGAACUCUUGGCUCAAGGCGCUUUUGCGCACGAUCUUUGGGGGCUUCUUUGGUGCUGUCUUUUCACCUUUCCGCCGCGGCGGAAAGGCUGCCAAUUAA